AUGCAGGGUUGUUGCUUUUCCUCACCUCGCGACGACACCGACUCGCAAUAUGCGUCCAGAGUAGCCACCGGGGAGCGCCCGGCGGAAUCAUCACCCCCUGUUCAUUCGUCCUCCGAUACCAGCGCACCUUCUGCUUCCUCGACCGUGCGUCAACGCCCGGCAAAUCAGUUUGCGUUGAGCGAGCAUUUCAAUGCCCCCAUCCGCCACCAUGUCUGGUACAGUAAGCGUCGCCUUUGGAAUCGCGCCCAGCUGGAUCAGGAGCGCAAGGAGUUCUUCGAGACCAGGGUCACCGGUCGGCCGGAGGUCUGGGCCGCUUUAUCGGCCGCACUGUCGUUUUUGCGCGACGGUGAUCUCGCCACAGCCCAGAGUAUGAUUGAUGCUGCUGGGAUCACGGUGCCCACGGGGGAUCCUUGUCAAGGCUGCUACGACGAACAAGGGGUCCUCUACCGACUGCCCCAGUGUAUUGUGAGCGAUCCGGAAAAUACGAUGCACUCGAAUGCCACCGGGGAGGACGAACACGAUGACGACGACUUGGACAUCGAGGGUGGCAAACUGUCGCCCGAUGAAGCUUCGGGCGAUGAACUGAUCGCAGAGGACCUCGAACGGCGCAGGGACGAAAAGGGCAAAAUCAGCGAGCGUGACCUGAUCCGCGUGAAGGCCCGACUCAGCGACAGGGAUGAGCCAGACCUGGUGGUGGCUGUCGGGAAUGCACAGAAUGUGGGUGUUAUAGCGCGCAAAGUGCAGCAAGAAGCUCGGAUUCCUAGGAGUCACCGAGUUCGUAUCGCCUAUCUGGGCAAAAUGCUCAAAGAAGAUUAUUCUCUUGUCGAGCAAGGGUGGACACCAGGCCACGUGGUCAACGCAAUGGUUGUGUGCAGGCACCUUUCCUGA